GGGAAACUACCCUGCUAAACCCAGCUGCAGAUCCCAGUGCACAGAACGCAGCCCGAGCUUAAGAUUGCAAGCUCAUCGAUUCGUUUAUUUAAGAAAAAAAAGAGACAUUCUUUCUGUGUCCGUUGGAAGAAAAAGAGGCUUCUGAGAUGGGAGACAAGGCGGGGACCAGAGUCUUCAAGAAGUCCAGCCCCAACUGCAAACUUACAGUCUACUUGGGCAAGAGAGAUUUUGUGGAUCAUCUAGAUCAUGUUGACCCAGUCGAUGGAGUACUUUUGGUCGACCCGGAAUACCUUAAAGACAGAAAAGUGUUUGUGACUCUGACAUGUGCAUUCCGUUAUGGUCGUGAGGACCUGGACGUGCUGGGAUUGUCCUUCAGGAAGGACCUGUACAUCUCUACCUUCCAGGCUUUUCCUCCACUGCCCGAUGAGCGUAAACCACUUAGCCGCCUACAGGAACGCCUGCUUAAAAAACUCGGCCAGCAUGCACACCCCUUCAACUUUACUAUUCCUCAGAAUCUCCCUUGCUCAGUCACUUUACAACCUGGACCAGAGGACACGGGCAAGGCAUGUGGUGUAGACUUUGAGAUCAGAGCUUUCUGUGCCAAAACGGUGGAUGAGAAGAUUCACAAAAGAAACUCAGUGCGACUGGUGAUCCGUAAGGUGCAAUAUGCUCCAGAGAAGCCAGGACCACAGCCCAUGGUGGAGACAACACGCAGCUUCCUUAUGUCUGACCGUUCCCUUCACCUAGAGGCGUCACUUGAUAAAGAGCUCUAUUACCAUGGAGAACCCAUCAGUGUCAACGUCCAUGUUACCAACAACUCCACCAAAACUGUCAAACGAAUCAAAAUCUCAGUGCGACAAUAUGCUGAUAUCUGUCUGUUCAGUACUGCACAGUACAAAUGCCCUGUGGCUCAGGUAGAAGCUGAUGACGGGGUUUCACCCAGCUCCACGUUCUGCAAGGUGUACACACUCACCCCGACACUCAACAACAACCGGGAGAAGAGAGGAUUAGCUCUGGAUGGUAAACUUAAACAUGAGGAUACCAACCUGGCCUCUAGUACCAUUGUAAAGGAUGGGUCCAAUAAAGAGGUCCUGGGCAUCAUUGUGUCCUACAGAGUCAAAGUUAAACUGGUUGUGUCCCGUGGAGGUGAUGUGUCUGUGGAGCUUCCUUUUGUACUGAUGCAUCCUAAACCCUCUGAGCAACCCAACUCAAGACCACAGUCAACUGUGCCAGAGACAGAUGCCCCUGUGGACACCAACCUGAUCGAGUUUGAAACCAAUAAUUUCUCUCAGGAUGAUGACUUUGUGUUUGAGGACUUUGCACGGCUCAGGCUGAAGGGAAUGAAGGACGAGGAGGAUGACCACUUCUGCUAACCCUUUGUGGAGAAGGAGCUGGAUUAAAGGGGCUCCAAGCGUCAGUACUACUACACCACCGUUCACUGGGCCAAUCUAAAAGAGAGGGACGCUCACUGAGCACCUUUUCUUUAUGGUUUCUUUUGUUUUUUUCCAUUUUUCUUCCCCCUGCCUUAUUCUUUUGUCCUCUUUGCAUCUGUGAUGCUGGUGUCUUUUUCCUUUAGUUGGAGCUAGCUUGUUCUCGUGCAUGUGCAUUAGACAGAAGAGGACAAAACAGUGUGAGAAAGAAAGAAAAAGAUUAGGUGAUAUAGGAUGCCGGUCUGAUCAUGUCUAGGAAACGUCCAUUAAUUCAGGGGUCUUUAUUUUCAUAGUUAAUUUUCCAUAUCUUCUUUUAAGAUUUUCCCCGCUGUUUAUUGAGUGGGCAUUAAUAACUUUGUAAUUUUGUAAUAAUCUAUGUAACAUGUUAUUUCAAUAUAGACUAAUUACAUCUAUAACCUAUAUAUUUAUUUUUAAAUUCACUGUAGGACUUAGGGGGCACAAAAAGUACUUUUCACCGUCCUUGUUUUGUUUUAUACUGCAGUUAUGUAGAAUGUAUGCAUAUCACAAGAGCUAGUAAUAUGAGUAGGUAUGACAGUUCACUGCCCCAGGAAAGCACUCAACAGAGCUGAACAAUGAGUCUGGAAGUAAAAAUGCCCUUUAUUUUACCAUAGAAUAACCUGACAAUGUACAUGAUUGUAUGCACUGCUGAUGAAACCAAAUGUCUGAUCCCAAUUCUGUUUUUAAUCACAUUUAAAAGGAAAUUUGGAGAUUUUUUGAAAGCUUACUAUUUUUAGCAAAAGCUAACAGUUUUAAACCUUAACAACCAAGUGUUUAGUGUUUCACUUAAAACCACUGCCCAGCUGUGAUGUAAGCCCAUUUCCAAUGUGUAUAUAUAAACAAACUUUAAUGUUUAAUUGACCCAGUAAAGUGCUACAUUACCCAAAAUUC